AUGGGUGUCGACACUUCGGUACGCAAUACAUGGGAGCUUGAUGCCUCGAAGUUCAAUCUCGUGAACAAGAAGUGGUUUGAAGACUUUAGCUCAAGGAUACUGCGCGAUACAACCAAAGGACUCGGUAUGUUCGAACUACGAGCCGAUCCUCACAAGCUUCUCCCCCACGAACCCGGAUCGUUCUUCCAAACCCAUAGUGAUUCAGAAAAGGAACAAGACAUGAUCGGAACUCUAAUCGUCUGUCUUCCCUCGCAACAUGAGGGUGGUGACGUUUGCUUGUCCUUUGGAUCUCAAAAACAGCGCCUUUCAACAGCCGAAAACCCCGAGUUUGACCUCACAGCCAUGUCCUGGUAUUCAUAUGUGACACAUGAAGCCGAGCAACUGACAUCUGGAUAUCGACUCGUCCUCGCCUACAAAUUCUUUGCAACGGGGAAGACAAGCUAUCGGCCUCCACUUUCUCCCAGCACAGCAGGGCUCUCAAAUCCAUGCUGGAUCUUAAAAGCCGCGAUCGAUCCGUUGGACGUUUUGAACGAGAUCUGCUCAGAAGCUGGCUUCUACUUCAUGCUGGGACAGACAAAGCGUUCUCAAGUUGACUGUGAUGGGUGCCAAGAUCAAACUACCCUUAGUAUUCUGUACAAUCUGAACGGUGAUCAACUUUCUCCAAAACUCGUUCUCGACUUUGAAGAUUUCUUGGACUACGACAUUGGGAGGAAAGCCGCUCACAGCGAGGAUGACGGGGGUUUGUUUGGUAAGGCGGAAGUGGCGCGCGUGUUUCAUUUCCACAAGACGAGAUACAAUCUCAGCCUUCAUGGAAGCUCGGCCACUAUUGUUUCAUUCUCAGGACCUUCGAAAAGCACAAGGAUGAAGAGGAAUGAAUACUUCGAACAGCAAAUCACUAGCACUUCUAGUUUUGUUCGAAAAAUUGUACCUAGAGCUGAAAGGUCCCUUUUGAAGAGUCUUUCGUGGUGCAUGUCAUCUCAGAGAAAUGUUUUGGAUGAUAAACUCCCCGAGCUCUACAAGUCCAUCCUUGACCAUGGUGGACAACAGCUGUGCUUCACAGUGGAAGAAGUCAGAUCUCGUCUGUCUAAGGACUGGUGGCUUCAAGGCUGGAAGCUCAUCGAACAGCUGAAAGAAGCUUAUAUCAAUUCUGCGGCACAUGGAGCUUUGUGUUUGCUGGAGCAGAGCUGCAAAACUCUAAAUGACAACAAGGAGUUCUGGCUCCUAGAGGACAACUAUGGUAUGUUUGACCAGUUUCUUGAUACUCUCCUCAAGAUUCUGGAGGCAAAUAAGGCGCCUCCAGUUCCGGCAGUCCAGGAUUUCCUAGAAAUCGUGCUGCGAGAGGUGCUCCAUCGUUCAAUUCAUUCUCGGCCAGACAAGCUUGUAGGAUGGGCUCACAAAAGUCCUCCUGCUGGAAUGAAACAGAGUGCAAAGACUUCCAAUGGCUUGAUGCUUUCCUUAAGGAUCCAAAACAGCAAAUAUGGGAAUACUCAAUCAAUCGCACGCAACUGA